AUGGGAGACAACGGCGAUGAUUCCGAUUCGGAUUUGCCGAGCCUCGUAAGCGAGAGCGAUGUGGAGGUGCAUGCGGGGGAGGCGGAGGCGAAGGACGAGGGGAAGGAGAGUGACGAGGACGCUGGUGGUGCCGGCGAGGAGAAAAGCUACGAGUUCACUCAUGAGGAAUACUACGAGGACAUUUAUGGCGACUUUGACGAAGAAGAAGACGAUGAUGACGACGACGACGACGACGAUGGCGAAGAUCUUGACGACGAAGAGGAUUUUUGGGAAAGCGAGAGGGCCCGCGGUGGCGACGGUGCGAAGAUGCUUCGAGGCCUCGUCGAACCCAAGGUUGGCGACCAGCGCGCCGGCAAGAACGCCGGCGGCGGCGACGGCGGCGGUGAUUCGGGUGCUGCAGGCGCGCCGGGGCUGCGGAAGGGGUUUCUGAACCAUGCGCCGGGAGUUGCGGGGGAGGAGGAGGAGGAGGGGGGAGCGGGUAAGGGCAAGGACGCGGGUUACAUGGCGGGGCUGCGCCCGGGGUUCUUAAACGGCGCACACGUCGAGGAGGAGGACGAGGAGGAGGAGGAGGUAAUCAAGAGUGGCGGCACAAAGGGGAAAGUGGGGAAAGGUGGGAAGGGCGGGAAGAAGAAGAAAAAGAAGGGGGGGAAGGGAGGGGAUGGGAAGGCGAGUAGUGCGCGGGGCAAGACGACUGGUGACGGCGGCGGGGAGUUAGGUGCAGAAUUGGAGGAUGGCGAGGAGGGCGAGGAGGGCGAGAAUGACGAGGAGGAAGAAGAUGUCCAUGUGGACGGGCACGUGUUCGGCGGCAAGCGCGCGCACUACCCCUAUGAGCACCACGAGCAGCACGAGCAGCACAGGAACCACCCCAAUUUCUCCAGCAUCCCGGAUUUCUGCGGCUGUCCCUUCUGCACCUCCUCCUUUUUCGGCUUCCCAGGGCAACCGGUUAGUCCGCGCGACCACAGCCGCAGGGAGGCGAGUCGGAUGAAGGGGGAGUGGGAAGAAGCGGAGCGGGAGCGCGUGCGCGCGAGGCGCCGGGAACGGGCAGUGGCGCGGCGGAAGCGGGAGGCGGAGGAGCGCGAGCUGGCGAAGGUGCGCGCGGCGGAGCGCCAGGCGAGGAAGGAGGCGGAGGCGGAGCGGCGCAGGCGGGAGGAGGAGGAGCGGAAGGAGCGCGGAACGGUGGUUGCGCAGGAGCUGGCGGAAGCGCGUCGGUUGGAGCGGGAGCGCGAGCUGGCGGAACUCAAGGGCGCGGCGGGGGCGUCGGUCGAGGAGGAGCGCGCGGACGAGGUCGUGGGGCGCUGCUGCGCGGGGAUCAAGCAGGCGGAUUGCGCGGGGCAGGGCUCUGCAUCCGCGGAUGCGGGCAGCAAGGCGGGGGGAAGCGGGGCGGGCGGGGAAGGGGGGAGCGCGGGGUGUCGGUGCCCUGGGGGGAAGCCGCCUGUGGUGUGGGCGCAGAGGCGCAUGAGUGUGAGGUGUAGCGAGGGGUGCAAGGUGGUGUGGCAUUACGAGUGCUGGCAGAGCUGCAAGCGCGAGGGGGCGCGCGGCGAGUGGAAGGCGGGCGAGCUGUGCCCCACACCGGAUUGUGGUGGUGCCAUCGUCAGUGCAUGUCUGAUGGAAAAAGAUAAGGUGACCCACUGGGAGGUGAAGGAGGAGAAGCCCUCGGAGGAGCACCAGAGGGAGAGGCGACGGGCCCGCGAGAGGGAGAGGGAGCGGGAGAGGGAGAGAGGGGAGGGGGACGACCGGAAACAGGGCGGCAAGAGGCGUGAGAAGAAGGGGAAGGACGGAGCACAGGUGCCAGGCGCAGUGGCAGCAGAGGCAGCAGAAGCGAAGGCUGGGGAGGCUGUGAAAGGAGGAGGGGUGGCAGAAGGGAAGGAAGGGGGAGCGGCAGUGGAGGGGGUGGCUGAUGGUAGUGCUGCUGCAAAGAGCGGUGGUGGAGAAGGGGAAGGGCCGUUGGGCCCAAAAGUCACUCCGGUGUGGGCGGAAGAGGACUGUGAGAGUUUGACCAUGCAGGUGUACAAGAAGGGGGGCAGUGAUGGGGAGGAGGAGGUGGAGGAGAAGUCAAAGAAGGCCAUCAAGGCACAGGCGAAGGAGGAGGCGGCAGCAUGCCAUGUGUUGGUGGAGGGGGUGGCAGCAGCAGUGGACGAGGUGGAUAUAGUCACGUGCUUCACCAGUGCGCAUGAGCACCUAGCUGCACUACACCGCUUCCCCCAACACCACCUCGCCGUUGUCUCCUUCAGCACACCAUCGGAGGCAUGUCAUGCGCGCAAGGUGUACAACGGAGUGCAUCUGCAAGGCGCACCCAUCACCACUCGCUACCUCCUCUCCCAGGUCCCUCCGCCUGACAUUUUCAGCGAGUUCCCUCCCAUGCCCACUGCUGCCGCCACGCCUGGAGGGGCUAGUGGGGGGGCGGAUGGGGCGAGGAGAGGUGGAGGAGGGGGAGCAGGAGGAGGAGGGAGGGGAGGGGGAGGAAGGGCGGGAGGAGGGAGUGAGGGGCGCAGUGGGGGAGGAGCGGGAGUUGGAGCGGCUUGGAUCAGGGUGGAACCUGCGGCAAGGGAGUCACGUCCAGCCGUUCAAAACCCAUCCAAGGCCAUGAAACACCCGUCUGCCUCCACCCCUUGCGUUCCGUCUGUGUCAGCCGCUUCAAUCCCACCUAAGGCCAACAAGCACCCAUCUGCCUCUGCCGCUACCCCAUCUACCAAUCCACCUGCUCCCCUCACCAAGCCAUCCAAACGAGCCCCUGUCCCCACGCCCGCUGCUGCGGCUCCCCCUCCCUGUACCCCUGCUCCUGCUCCUGCUCCUGCUCCUACCGCCACACCUACCCUUUCCUCUCACGGCCCAGCAUCUGCUGCUGUGUGUGGGGGUGGGACGAGUGGGGAGGAGGAGGGUGGGCGGGUUGAGAGUGGUGCAGCUAUGUCAAAGAAAGAGAGGAAGAAGCUGAGGAGGAGGCAACGGGAGGAGGAGAAGGCGAGGGUGGUGGAAGAGGAAGGGAAGAGGGUUGCGGAGGAGGUGGUGGUGGAUGCUGGGGACAAAGUGGAGGAGAGGGAGGAGGAGGGGGUGAAAGAGGUGGAACAGGAGGGGCAAGUUCGGGGGAAGACGGAGGGGAAGGGUGGGGAAAGGAUGGAGGUGACGAGGGAGGGGGGAGUGGAGAGGAAGGGGGAGGGGAGGAUGGAGGGGGGUCUGUCGAACGGAAGGAUGGGGGAGGAGGAAAAGAGGGAACAGGCUCGUCCCAUGCGACCCUCUGUGCCCACUGCCGCUGCUGCCUCUGCUGCCACCGCUGCUGCCACUACAGCUGCUGCCACUACAGCUGCUGCCACUGCUGCUGCGGCAGCUGCACCAUCCCCAGCAAGCGCCAUGCACUCCCAUCCUUCACAUCAGCCUCCUCCACGCCGCCCUUCCUCCGUACCCCCCUCCAAGCCACCAUCCUCAUCUGCUUCAGCAGCAAGCUCCCUCACCCCCUCUCCUCCGCCCCUCACAGGGACUUCCCUGCCCUCUGCUUCCUCCUGUCCCCCCUCCCUCGUGCCGCUGCACGGUGCUUUUGCAUCCUCCUCCUCCUCCUCCACCACCCCAUCGCCACCUCCGCUUGUGUCUUCCCCUUCUGCCCCUGCGUUUCCUGCCAAUUUCUUCCCCGCUGUCUUCCAGGUGGCAUCCGCCUCAUACCACCGAGUGCGCUCCCUGCCGCUGCCCUCUGCCCCUAUCCUCGGUCUCCUGCCCCCGGGAUCGCUCGUUGUGGGCACUGCAUGUCAAAGCACCUGGCUGAGGGUGGUAGUGCCAGGGCACGCAGAGGCAUGGUCGCUGGCAUCCAAGGGCUCUGCUGCGUUUCUUGUGUCAUGCGCCACACCCAUGCAUUGGUCUGCAUUUAAUAACGAUGCUUUGUCUGACCUGCUAUAUCACGCCUACGCGCAUUGUACUGCUGCCGUGCCACUCACAUUCUCAAUUCUGUUCGCCUCUGACCUGCCUGCCUCUUAUCUGCAGCUCAAUUCUGUUGUGGAAGCCACCAUCCUUGCACCAGUGGUGCAGCAGCAGCAGCAACAGAACCACCAGCAGCAGCAGCAGCAACAGCAGCAGCAGCAGCAGCAGCAGCAGCAGCAGCAGCAGCAGCAGCAGCAGCAGCAGCAGCAGCAACAGGACCAGCAGCAGCAGCAGCAGCUGCAGCAGAACCAGCAGCAGCAGCAGCAGCAACAGCAGCAGCAGCGCCUCUCCCCUCCAUCAUCCUUCCCUCUGCCUCUCUCCCUCAUGCUGGCACAGCAGUCUGGUCCGCCCCCUGCUGCCUCUUCAUCCCUCAAGUCCACAUCAGCACCGUUUGUUCCCACAGUGUCAGACAGUGCCGCUGCUGCAAGGGCAACCAACAGCUCACUGUCACCAGCAGUGGGAGGAGGGCAGUGGAUGGGUGGGGUAGCUGGUGCGACAGUAGCAGCAACACACAGCAAUGGUGGUGGUGGUGCUACACUUCGUGCCAAUACACCCGCGUUCAUCCCCAGUGAUGUUCCCACUGUCACAGUCCCCGCUACCCUCGCUGCUGCCCCCCCCAACGUGUCUGCUGUUGCGCUUUCCAGUCCGAAUCACCCCUUGCCUGGUGCUCUUGCUGCUGCAAUUGCAUACCCAUCGGCACCACCACCUGCGCCGUCCCUGUUGACAUUUGCAUCAGCACCGUUUGUGCCUCACCAGGCAUCCGCUGCUCCGCAGCAUGUGUCCAUGCCACCUCAGCAGGCCCUUUCAGCCUCAAUCCAUGCAGUACAGGCUCCUCAUGUGCCUUCUGCAGCUGCGGCUGUUGCUGCUGCUGCUGCCAGUCCCUCUCCACCACCUCCUGCGGGCACCAUGGCCAUGCAUUUGCACCUGGAACCUUCCCAGCAGCGCUUUCACUCCUCCCAACAGCACACACAUGCUUUUCAGCCGCACGCACAACCCCCCCAGCAGCACGCACACCCGCCUGACAUCUGCCGCUGGUGCUUCUCCCGACGGUCCGAGUACCUUAUUGUAGAUUGCAGGCAUCUUGGGCCGUGCACGUCAUGCCAUGACACGGCACCGUUUGAUGGGGUGUGCCAUCUGCCCACGUGUCGCAAGCCCAUUGGCCGUCUCCAUCGCAUCUACCGUUAG